AUGAUCAUGAUGAGCACCAGUGUUUUUCUCAUUUCACUGCUUUUCAUACAACUGGGAUCAGUAAAGAAUAAUCAGUUAUCCCCAGAACAGUCUGCAUUGUUGAAUAGUCACAACGAGAUCAGGAGAAAAGUGAGCGAUUGUGAGCUCAAAGGACAACCAGGUAGUGAUACUCCGAUUCCUGAUUUG